CCUUUUGGAAGUGAAUAUAUCGGUGUUUUUGCGUGAGCUUUUAUAUAGACAAGAUAUAGAAGUGUGUAAAUUUCCAAAUUAGUCAUUGUCAAAAUUCACGAAGAAAAGUUUCUUACAUUGUAAAUAUACCUACAUUUAACAUCCUCAUUAGUAUGCUAAAUGGCUAGAUUAAACGGAAGGUGCAUUCACAUCAGCGUAUGUUCUGUGAUUGUUGUAAAGACCAUAUGAAUAGAAUGUUGGCUUACAUUACUAUGAUUGUAUUCGUUGUCGAUAAAGCAUCUACGUCUGCUUCGUGGAAUUUAACAACCUUACCUGUAAGCUUUGGAAAAGACAUACUUUUACGGUGCUCCAUUGAUGACAUAAAGGACGGCAAUGUAUCACUACAACGAGCAGAGCAACGACAAUGGACAGGAGGCCAAAACUACGACUUGCUAUGUAUGAAUGGCGAAUGCCCAAAUCCAAAGAAAUAUGAAAUGUUAACACGAAAUACCAGUAAAGAUUUUGACUUAUUAAUUCACAAUUUUAGUGAAUCAGAUUUGGACUACCCGUACACGUGUUCCUGUGGAUUUCAUGAUUUCACUAAGAACCUUUCUAUCGAACCAAAUCAUGUUAUGUCUUUACCAGCUAUUGCAACAGUAAAAGAUAAAAACCAUAUCAACAAUGACUACAUGGAAAUAGAAAUUAUGCUUGAUAAGGUGAACCCUGUUCCGAGCUGCUCGGCAUUGUUUAAGGGUCAGUUUAUCAAUAAAACAAAAGUAGCUGUUAUGAAAUGGUACACAUAUCAUACUGAUGUUAAGGUGAUUUAUGAUUUUCCAGUAGACGAUGUCGGUUGUGAAGGUAGACUGCAAAUUCUUUGCACACUUGUGUAUCGUAAUAUUACCAUAUUUGACGAAUACUUAGAUAUAUGUCAAGAAAAUGAAGCAAACAUGCUGACAAUGAUUUUUAUUGGUAUUGGAUGUGUUCCAUUUGUUAUAAUUUUGUCGAUUUGCAUAAAUUUGAUUAAAAGACGUGAUGCACAGCUAUGCGUACAAUGUUGGACCAAUGGAAUGACGAACCAUGUUGAAAGGACAACUAUCAAUCAAGCGCAAUUAAUAGCUUUUUCUGAAAUAAACCAGCAAGAAAAUGAAACAUCGCCAAUAUUGGAUGUCUAGUCAGUAUUUUAUUCUUAUCGUGAACAUUUUCGCGUACAUCCCCGAUGUCAAAAUACGUGUGCAAUCACGCCACAAUAAGAGUAUACACUUAAAUGACAUCCUUUACACAAUUUGACAUCAGAUCAACCGAUGUAACUCAUUUAUAAAAAAAUCUCAAGAUUAUUGUAUUUAUCAGAACAUAUUUUAGUAAGACAAACAUUGUUUAUCACCAAAUCAAUACAUUGUUAUUGCUAUGCACAUCUUCUGCUUGUACGUACAAACAAAUGUCAUUAUUGUCAAGACAAACCAUCCAUAUUUAUGAUAAAAAAAAAAAGCGCAUGCUAAUUUUGAUUAAAUUGUCCUUUUUUGUAUACAUAAGUGCAAACACAGAGUAUUAUUUUCCAAAUAAAAAGAAACAAUCAAUAUGACAGAGUUAAAGGGAACUUAAUUGAAUUUUGUUCACUCAUAAAAUGUUAGACAAAAUAUAUAUCAUUAAAGUUUUUGCUUUUAUUUUACUCAGUUUGAAACUUUCUUUUCGGACUGGAAAAAAAAUACGGACAAAUGUUUUAAAUGAACGACAGAGCAGAUACAUCAGACAAAAUAUCAUUAUCACUGCAUCUAAUUAGAUCUAAACUAAAACACAUAUUGGCUAAAACAUGAUCUUUCCUGGCUUUUUCAUCAUCAUCAUGUUUUUUUAAUACUGUUUAUUUAGCAACAAUACGGAUGAAUUUAAUACGAAGCCAACGAAUCAUAAAUACCACAAAUUAUGUGUUCAAUUCUACACAAACUUCAUCCUUUUAUUCAAUGGAAUUUCACAUCUAACGCCAGUUUUAAACCACAUUCAUCAUAGCAAUAAAUAGCCUAAGAAACAGAACUAGAUAAAGUAAACAAAAACAUUUGGUGUAAUAGAUCACAGAAUUUAUUUUCAAAAUAUUACUGAGAUUCAAAUAACCUCAUUUGUCAUAAAUCUUUGUACUAAUAUGCUAUACAAUUUUAGCAUACCAUCUCGUUAAAUGGCAUCAUCUGUAAUAAUUUUUUAUUCGACAAGUAUUAUUUUAAGGUGCAGCUAAAUGUGUUAUAAGUGUUGUAAAAAAGUGUACGUAUAUUUAUGAUGAUUUUGUUAUAAAUCCUAUAUGAAUGAUAUUUAUUGUGUAAGUGUUUUUGGAAGUGUGAUUGUCAAAAUGUAUGCAUUCAAUGGAACAAUUUAGAAAUUGCUCAGCAUAAUGAUAACAACAGUUGACAAUCGAUGAUUUACUAAGGCGUUAUUAACACACUCCUGCGCAUGCCAGUUUUCUCGGACAAAUAAUGUAAUUUUAAAUUUGUUAUCUGUUUUCUAUGAUUUUGUUAUUGUUCAUUGUUUUUGCAAAUAUGUUUUGAAUACAUUCUAUCAAAAUCA